AACUGUGGAGUCACUCUGACGUGUGACUUAGCAGCCAUUUUCUCCGUGUGUUCUCUGUAAGAUUUCAGUCAGAGUCAGUCUGCCUCAGUGCUAAGGCCCAUUCCUUCUCUACUACACAGAGCACUGCACCACAGCAAACGUUCAGCACGAUGCUGGUUCCUAAAGAAUGAACUGAAGCAGGGUCCUGGACUGGUGGAAUGUGAGAUGAUGGAAGGGCUCACAGCUUCAACACUCCAACAGUUUGCAUCAUCCAUUAGCGUUCUAGCAGCAAGGCGGGCAAACUGUAGUUGGGACUCAUCACUGAGAGCAAGUCAGGCCUCUGUGUCUUCCCAGCUUCUGGCUCCAGAAAUGUCAACUAGAAGUUCAAAAUACUCUAGCCUCGCCUGAGUGUAAUAAUUAUUACCAGAAAGGGAAAACGUGAGGAAUUGCUUUAAAGCUACAUAUUCUUUUUGCAGGCUGCUGCUCAGCAGGUGAAACCGACUCCUGGCCCAGGAGGCAGUAAGACGACAUACAGUGAAACAUCUCAGCUACAAGGAUUUAAAGUGCAGGGGAGAAAUCACCCUGAAACGCUCUAUUCAACAAUUGCAGAUAUUGGACGAGAAUGAACACAAAAGAUCCGAAGGUGACGGAAGGGGGCCUCAAUGUCACACUCACUAUACGUCUUCUUAUGCAUGGAAAGGAGGUUGGCAGCAUCAUUGGAAAGAAAGGUGAAACUGUCAAGAAAAUGAGGGAGGAGAGUGGUGCUCGAAUCAACAUCUCAGAAGGCUCCUGUCCAGAAAGAAUUGUGACGAUAACGGGCCCAACAGAUGCCAUUUUCAAGGCUUUUUCCAUGAUUGCACUAAAAUUUGAAGAAGAUAUCAAUGCUUCGAUGACAAACAGCACGGUAACAAGCAAGCCUCCUGUAACGCUGCGACUUGUAGUUCCUGCAAGCCAGUGUGGAUCCCUUAUAGGCAAAGGAGGAUCCAAAAUCAAAGAAAUCAGGGAGUCUACAGGAGCCCAAGUGCAAGUUGCUGGCGAUAUGUUACCAAACUCCACAGAACGUGCGGUUACAAUAUCGGGCACUCCUGACGCCAUUAUUCAGUGUGUGAAGCAAAUCUGCGUGGUGAUGCUAGAGUCACCACCCAAAGGUGCCACCAUUCCUUACCGCCCCAAACCUGCCUCUGCACCCAUAAUUUUUGCAGGUGGCCAGGUAAGAGCAGACACCAUUUUGACUUCAGCCGGAAACCACACCGUCUUGGCCCAACCUCAGCCAGCGCCUGCAUUCACAAUUCAAGGGCAGUAUGCCAUCCCUCAUCCAGACGUGAGUCCAACGCAUUUGACCAAGCUUCACCAGUUGGCUAUGCAGCAUCCCCCCUUUACUCCCCUUGGGCAGACCACCCCUGGUUUCCCUGGAUUGGAUACCAGUACUCCAACCAGUUCCCAUGAACUCACUAUUCCAAAUGAUCUAAUAGGUUGCAUCAUUGGCAGACAAGGCAGUAAGAUAAAUGAAAUCAGGCAAAUGUCAGGAGCGCAGAUCAAGAUUGCAAAUGCCACAGAAGGCUCAGCAGAACGACAAGUAACAAUCACAGGAUCACCUGCAAACAUCAGCCUAGCACAGUACCUCAUUAAUGCAAGCUUAGAGAUGGCUAAAGUCAGCACCCAGACUGCUUCCGUCACGACCCCUGUUGACCUCAACAUGAACCUCUCUCAGUCUGCCACCCCUACCUCCACCCCCACCUCUGUGGCUGUCUUGGCGGCGGCAGCAGCUGCCUCCGUGGUUAACGUCAGCACCCCUCCCCCUUUACCAACUUUACCAACCACCCACUAUGCUGUUCCUGUCUCCAGUCUGCUUGGCAUGAAAACUGUCCCGCUCCUGGCACUAAAUGCCACAGGAGCCGCAGGGAAUUUAUCCGCUUACACUGCCAAAAUCCCAUCAACGAGUGGGGUUAAGAAAUCUGACCGCCAGAAGUUUGCUCCAUAUUGAAAGGAUUGGGGAUCCAAGAGUUUUGGGGUUUUGUUUUGUUUUCCCUCCAAAGCUCUACCAGGAUUCUGCGGUAGAUUUAUACUCACUAAGGAAACAACAUGGCAUCUUUUAAAUUUCUUCUGUUCAAUCGCUAGUGUUAAAACCGUUGCCAAUGCAAAUUGUCUUCCACGUUCCAUGACUAUUAAUGCACGUGUGCGCACAAAUUGCCAACUAGUUCCAACAGUCUCCUGGGUUAUUUUAAGCAUAGCUGUAUGGCAGUUGGUUACCUGACUUUCCAUAAACCCUCAGGUUUUCAAAUAAGGAAAUACGGUACGUUGUUUUCUGCAAGAACCAAACGUAAGAUGGAAACUCAUCUUCUGCAGAAGGGGAAUCUCAAGUGCUUAAACUGCAAAAGAGAACCAUGGGCUUCCUGUACCUUUUUAAUAGUUGUGAGGAAAUGGCGGGGUGGGGGUGGGGUUUGGCCAAUACUGGCACCUUGUCUCACAGAGGCCAGAGAAGCUGCAGUUGCUGAAAUUCAUAUGGAUAGUUGCACAGAAAGAGAAUUUCAGUAAACCCAAUUUCCUGUGCAUUGCAGUGCCCCUAGAUACUGCCAACGUACCCUCCCAGAGUACAUUGUAAGAGUCUUACGUCAUGUUUUACACUUGCACCUGUGUCAUACAUGGAAACAGCUCUUGAAAGAGAGAUGGGAGAAAUAUGUCUUUGGAACAGAAAGGCUUUAACUCAUCCUAUUAAACGUAAGUCCCAUUGAACUGAGUGGAGCUUACUGCUGAGUAGACUGUUAAUAAUCAUUCCCUCUCUUUAGGGAGCUGGGAACUAUAAACUAGGAGUCCUAGACAUUCUCAGCUCCAUCACCAAGGUACAGUUGCUGGGCAGGGCACCUAGGCCAAUAAGUGGUAUGAAUUUUAAUGCAGGUUGGGCCCCAGUGUAUUUUGCCCAGUCCUCAGAUCACAACACUUGGUCUUUGAGUUGGGCAUGCUGAAAAAUUCGUUGGAUCAGCUCUAGUGAUUUCACACACAAAUGCUGCUAUGUGAAGGUUAGGAAUGGAUUUCAGAAUCUUUGUCUGGUAACAUGGAAGACACCCUCAGUAAUGGCAGAAUCCUGAAACUAGCUGCACUGUGAAAUGCUUAUUUGUAACAAAAUUAUAUUUUAAAAUAGAAUUUUGCUGUCGGUGUAGUGGCUUUUAAAGAUUAUUUUUGUGCACCAGUACCUGGUAAAAGCCAUAACAGCAUCCAAUAACCUUUUCUAUACUAUAUUUACAAAAUGCUACAAUUUAUUCCUUUCCAUUUCUUCAAAUUAUAGGAUUUAAAAUUUUAGGAGAUGUAAUCAACUGGGUACAGCUGCUGCAUAACUUCUGCUCAUCUCUUGGAAGCUAUUCAGGAAUCCUACGUAAGCUUCCUGGUAAUUAAAGGAGGUUGCAGAAAACCUGAGCUUGGCAGACUCCUGCCUAUCUCUGGGUUCCUCAUUGCAUGAACUUGUUUCUGAUAGUUAAAACAGUUGUGCCUCUACCUAAUUACACCUACAAAUCACAGGUGUAAAUACUCAGGUUUUUAAGAGCUUGUAUCACAUAACCAUUACAAAAGGCUGAUGAGUACUGCUGUUGCUGAAAACAGACCUCUGCUCUUUUGAGGCCACAGUUAUUUUGAAAUAUAUGUUUUAGGAAAUCAUGAAUAUCCUUAUUAAAUGAGAUGAUAAAUGAUGGUAGACAAGCUUACCUGAAAGGCAGCUUGCUUGUCACUACCAGUGUUCCUGUGCAAUAUGUAAUCAGUGCACAGGUGUUCUGCAUGCGUGCCCUGGGGUCUACCACCAGAAUAGGCUAGGGAAGUAAAACCUGGUCUGCAGUCCAGGAGACUUGGGUGUGCACCCAAGGAAAAAAAUCCUCUGCAGGGAACCUUGACGGAGAAAGUUUUCUCUGGAGGCAGAACUCAGAAACCUUUAAAAACCACUAGUCAAACACAGCUUAACACAGCUUAAAAACUCACAUUAGUUCCAGGGAGCAGGCUUGCUCCCUUUAAAACAUUGCUGUACCAAUGACAAACUGCAGUCAUAUGAAAAACAAGCAUAAAAGAUAAGCAGAUCACACUUCAUUUGCUAUUUCAUAUCCAGAUAUGAGUUUCAGGCUAUCAUUCGGUUGGAAUGAACCAAGAAGGGGAUUUUUUAUUUAAAGAAAUAAGAAUCUAUAAUUGCAAGCAAACUCCAAAUCCUGGGAGAGAUAUAGUGGCUGGUUGCUAUCUGUUGGAACUAGUUAUUUGACAGUGGGAUUUUUUGUUUUGUUUGGUUCUUCUUUUCUUUUUUCACAAAAAUUGCAUUUUCUGUUUGUCCAUUCACUAUUUUUUUCUUAUUAAAUUUAUGUUGCUUUAAACAGUGGCGCCAUAAUGCAUCUGUUUGCCUCACAAUCUUUUGAACUUAAUCCAUUUGCCUGCCAUAUUCACCCACUAUUGCACUCCUUGGACACAAAAGCUUUAAUGAGGAAUUGAACAGAAUGCAAAUGCAAUACUUUUUAAAACCUACUAUUUAAAAGUGUGUUGUUUUAAUUGUAUAGGGCUAAGCACUAUUUUUAGUAUCGUGUGUCAUUUCUGUACUCUGUAGACUUUUCUCUCUCUCAACCUUAGUACCUUUGCACUACUGUUUUGUCACUGUAACCAAUUGUAGAACUGCCAUUAUUGCAAACAAUUUGCACUUAACCAAACAGUCUCCAUGUCUGUAUAUACUGAAGGGGGAGAAAUGGAAAUACUGUCAAGCGGCUUUGGGUAUUCAACAGCUCUAGAAACCUGCUGUAAAAACUGUUAAGAACUAUUACAAUAACUGUGUUUAUAAAUUGAAGUAAAUCAAUGUGAGAAUUUGCUUGGAUUGAAAUGCUGUUCUAUGCCGGUUGUACUCAAGUGUUUUUUAAAAUGGUGAGAAGUUUUUCUUCCUGUUUUUCUUUCCUUUUUUUGCCCCCCUUCCCCUGAUUUUUGUUCCUGCAUUUCAGGCUCUCUUCAGAAGUCACUGGCCUCGGGGCUCUGUAAUGUGUCCCAGCAUUCACUAGGGCUUGAGCUCCCUGACAGGACUUUUCUAAAGCCUCAUGAGACAAUGCUUUCUAUGGACUAAUCAACAGAGGAAGUGGUCAUUUCUAACUUUAUUACUCUUCCAAGAUCUCAAAAUAAACACUUUUACUCUAAGCAACUGUGCUUCCCAACUCCUGUGUUGCUUUCAUUGCUAUUCUGGUUUAAUCAUCUUGAGGCUCAGUAAGGAACAGUAACAGAUGAUUAUUAUUUUUAAAAAUUUCUGUAGAUAUUCAUGCUCUAGCCAGUCUGUACAAAGCAUGGGCUGUUGAUGUUUUAAACCACUAUAUAUUAAGUAUAGACUUGAUAAACUAAAUAAGCUGUUUUUUAUAAAUAAAGGUUUUCCUGACUUUAAAAACCACAUCUUAGCUUUGUGCAUACAAAUAGCUGUUGUGAUUUUUAACUUUGUAACGAAGAUGUUGAUCAAAUACUAUUUUUGUGACUUGUCACCAAUGAGUUCAGACCUAUGGCUUGUUUUGCAUUAACAAUUAAAAGUUUGACAUAA